GAAAAGCCCUAUUUCAUCACAUUAAUCAGAAUAAACUGAAGGAAAGUUAAGUUCUUCUGAUACAAAACGAAAGAAAAGGAAGAUAAAUAAUGAUCAAGAUCAGAUCAAAAUGGAUUUAAGAUCAGUUGAAGUGUUUGAUAAUGUUCAAAAUCGGCAUUUUUCUGUUCUGCUACCAGCUGAUGAUCUCCAAGUACUAAAGUUACAAAGUGAUGAUCCUGAAGAAAUUGAAGAUGAUGAGGCAGUCCCUAUCCAAGUAGAUCAUCCAACAGAUUUAGGAGAAAACCAAAGGACUUGGAGCCAAAAUGAAACAUUGGCUCUCAUUAAUAUUUUCUCUUUGCACAAAGACAAAUUUAAACACUUUAAAAUGAAAAAAGACCGCUGGAAACUGAUAUCCAAAGAACUUGCUAAAAUUGGAAUAGAUAAGUUACCGAUAAAAUGUGAAAUCAAAUGGAGAAAUCUCCUAAGAUCAUAUCGGUCUUACAAAGCCACGGAUAGAGCCCAAGGAAAAUUUGAAUUUUAUAACGAAAUCGAUGAUAUAGUGUCAAACGAUCCACAGUUUAGGAAUAUGUUCGACAAUUUCCAAACGCCGGAAAAAGGUUUAUCAAAACAGUUAGAAUCUAGGCACGCGUUACAGCAUGACAUAAACGCCUCGGAACUAUCAUCAAAAAAGAGAAAAUGUGCAACUUGUAAAAGUGAGAAACAGAAGCGACAUGAAGAUCGAAUGGCAUUAUUAAAAAAGAAACUGGAAAUUGAAGAGCGGAAAGUAACGGCUUUUGAGGAUUAUGUACGAUUUUUAAAAAGUAAUGGUUCAAAUGUAGUAGCAAUCUCAAAUGUUUAAGUGUAAUUAUGUUGUCAUUUAUUUAUAAAGAGUAAUGUAGAUUUAUAAAAAUCUGAAAUUUUUAACUAA